AUGUUAUUCCUGUUCACAAUAAACGAGCAGCCAUGUAAGCGGUCAGCUAACAGCGACGACUGGCCUGUCUCUACUGCUCAUGAGUGAACGCCGAUCGUUACCUUUCAUCCGCGUGAACUCCUGCUCGAUCACGUCUCAGUGUUUAAAGCUCGGAACACAAACAAUGUCUGACAAGGAAGAAAUGGCUUCAGAUGGGAGUCUGAAUGUUACACUGACGCUGAGGCUGCUGAUGCAUGGAAAGGAAGUUGGCAGCAUAAUUGGGAAGAAAGGAGAAACAGUAAAGAAAAUGAGGGAGGAGAGUGGUGCUCGUAUCAACAUAUCAGAGGGAUCAUCUCCUGAGAGGAUAGUUACCAUCACAGGACCCACAGAGGGCAUCUUCAGAGCUUUCUCCAUGAUCGCACAGAAGUUUGAGGAGGAUAUUACCGCAGCAAUGACAAACAGCAACGUGACAAGCAAGCCACCUGUGACACUUCGCCUGGUUUUCCCAGGGAGCCAGUGUGGCUCACUGAUUGGCAAAGGAGGCUCAAAGAUCAAAGAGAUCAGAGAAACCACAGGCGCUCAGGUUCAGGUGGCAGGAGACAUGCUGCCGGACUCUACAGAGAGGGCUGUCACAAUCUCCGGCACUCCACAGGCCAUCACUCAGUGUGUAAGGCACAUCUGCUCUGUCAUGCUGGAGUCUCCACCAAAAGGAGCAACUAUUCCCUAUCGUCCUAAGGCCAUACCUGCUGGAGCCCAUGCAGUAUUAGCACCACAGCACUCUGCACAAGCCUUUGCACUUCCAGGGCAGUAUGCUUUUGCGCAUCAAGAUUUGACCAAGCUUCACCAGUUGGCUAUGCAGCAUAUCCCCCUCCCUUCCCUUGGGCAGAGCAACCCUACCUUCCCUGGAUUGGAUGCAUCUGCCCCCGCAAGUUCACAAGAACUGGCAAUACCUAAUGAUUUUAUUGGCUGCAUAAUUGGAAGACAAGGCAGCAAGAUCAAUGAGAUUCGGCAGGUCUCUGGAGCUCACAUCAAAAUUGCCAGUGCCACUGAUGGCUCAGCCAUGCGCCAAGUCACGAUCACAGGCUCGCCGGCCAGCAUCAGUGUGGCCCAGUACCUCAUCAGCGCCAGUAUAGAGAUGGCUAAGUACACCAUGCAGGCCGCUACCUCUGCGACCCCAGUUGACCUCAACAUGAGCUUCUCUCAGUCCCCUCCCACUGCCUCCACUGCUGCUACCUCUAUGGCCGUCCUGGCGGCCACCACCCCAACCCCCACCAGCAUUAACGUCAACUCUCCCUCCACCUUACAAACCUUCCAAAACCCACACUACGCCAUUCCUGUUUCCAGCCUGCUUGGCAUGAAAAGUCUCCCCCUCCUGGCUGUCCACCCAGCAGCCGCUUCCAGCCUAACACAGGGUUUAUCCCCUUACACCGCAAAAAUUUCAACCUCCGGCAUCAAAAAAUCAGAGCGUCAGAAGUUUGCUCCUUAUUGAUGUCUGCUUUUUAAGCCAAUCGGUGUAGCUGACUGGUAAGACUUUGUUAAAUGAUGAGAAUUUAUUUAAAAUUGGGCAUAUAGGCUUAAAAAUAGCUUCCACCAGUGAGUGUUUUGCCAGUGUAGCAGUUGUUUUCCAUAAAUCAGGAGAAUUUUCGAAUGAGACUGAAAGGAUGCUAGUAUCAAAACAUGUCCUUCUAAUUAAAACAGGCAGCAGAGAUGCAUAUUAACUCAGUAUUAUCUGAAGGACAUGCAUUACAAUAAAUGUGGAUAACUCAGGCUUGUAUUACUAUCCUAGAAAAUUAUAUUUUUCAAAUGGAUUCAUGUUGCAGAGCUUUAUUUGAAGACUUACUCCAGGAGAGCCAUUUUCCAUGAUGCAAAUAUUGACUUAGUUUUCUAUCUGUGUAAGUAGUUUACAAUCAGUUUUUGUUAGAUAAUGCAAACUAGUAGCAUAGGAUGUGGUGAUUUGUUGGCAGCAGGCUGUUAAACUGUUUGUCCUGUACAAUAGAAGUUAGCGUGUUAAGUAUUUUAAUAAGAGUUGCUCCACCAUUCUGUCAACAUAACCUUUCCAUCACUUUAGGCUCUCAUCAGUGCUAACAGGCUUGGGUGUUCUGUAAUAGCAUUGCACUGUAGCAGUUCUGAUGGGAUUAUCCGAAUGCCACAUUGGAUACUAGUGGAUUUCACUCUACACAGUAAUCCUGUGCGGCAGGACUGGCCUAACGAACUCGUUUGUUCUUUCUGUACACUAGCUUGUUUUUUGUUUUUUCUUCAGCCCAAAUGAGUGGAAUGUUUCAACUUUCAGCAUCUGGAAUGGACGCUGAGCAGUUAUUGUAAUAAAUGUUUUAUUCAUGUUUUUGGUGGUGGAUCUCCCCCCAAACAAUGCAGAUUUGUAAUAUUUGUUGAUGAAAUGACUUUGAAAUAAAUGGGACUUUU